CAAAACAAAGUUACAAUGUGCUUUACAUGAUUGAACCAGGAUUAAAACUUUUCAUAACUGCAAUGAAACAAUAACUCAACAACAAUAUAAUAUAAUAACAAUUAUAAAGCGGAUAUGACAGAAUUAAAAUAAAAAGGUGUGUGUUAUAAGUAAUUCCAGAGGACACUGAAAAAGUUGCAUUCAGCUGCGAGGUAGAUUUGGGAAGCUUUUAUUUUGAAACAAAAACUAUACCGGAAGUCGUAUUGUUAUUGCCGUCGACGGAACUUCGCCAUCAUGUUUGUAUCAUGGAUGUGUAUCACUGCUGGUCUGUAGCUACAUAUUAGCUCAAGCAAAUGCUCCAGUUUCUACCCACGUUGUUCUUCUUCCUCUGUAACCAUGAACAGGACACAACUGAAGCGGUCCAGCAUCUUGAGGAUGGCUCUGGCCGGCUCGGAAACGAUGGACCAGGACGGUUAUGGAGAGACUUUCAUACUCCGAGCGGUUCGAAUAGCCACUGUGGUUGCACUGUACUGGUUUAUUUCCAUUACAAUGGUGUUCCUUAAUAAUUACCUGCUGGACAACAAAGACUUGGACGCGCCGUUAUUUGUCACGUUUUACCAGUGUUUGGUGACUGUCGGACUGUGCUGGGUCAUGCAGCUGCUCUCCAAAUUGUGCCCGGGUCUCAUCGACUUCCCGUCGGUCAGAUUCGACGUGAAGACGUCCCGGGAGGUGCUGCCGCUGUCCGUUGUGUUCAUUGGCAUGAUCACCUUCAACAACCUGUGCCUGAAAUAUGUCGGAGUGGCCUUCUACACGGUCGGUCGUUCACUCAGCACAGUUUUCAAUGUGCUCUUAUCUUAUGUUAUCCUGAAACAAACUACAUCAUUCCAAGCCCUGAUGUGCUGUGGCAUUAUAUUAGGUGGAUUCUGGCUUGGUGUGGACCAGGAAGGAAUGGCGGGGUCCCUCUCCUGGUCAGGCGUCUUUUUUGGGGUGCUUGCCAGUGCUUUUGUCUCCAUGAAUGCCAUCUACACCAAGAAGGUGAUGCCAGCAGUGGACGGUAACAUCUGGAAACUGUCUUACUACAACAACAUUAAUGCCUGCAUCCUCUUCCUCCCAUUCAUUCUCAUGUUUGGAGAGUUGGGCCAUCUCUCUAGCUUCAGCCGCCUCACUGACCUCGGGUUCUGGGGCAUGAUGACACUCGGAGGAGUGUUUGGUUUCGCCAUUGGAUACGUCACAGGCCUCCAGAUCAAGUAUACCAGUCCACUUACGCACAAUGUCUCAGGGACGGCAAAGGCCUGUGCACAGACUGUUAUUGCGGUGGUGUACAACUCCUCCAGUAAAAGCAUGCUGUGGUGGACCAGUAACAUGAUGGUUCUUUGUGGCUCAUCAGCCUACACUUGGGUCAAAAGUCUAGAAAUGAAGAAGAUUCCAUACAGAGACCCUCAGGACUCCGCCAAGGAAAAACUGCUGGCAGGGGAGAAAGGCAACAUGGGAGUUUAGCCAUUGUAAUUAAGCUGGUAAACCCUGUUUUAUCCAUGUUGCGUGAGAAUGUGAAAUAAUGUAACAUAUGACUGUUAGUGAUUUAAGUGAUACGUACAUGGAAUCAGUGAUUUUGAUUGGGUUUAUUAGUCUUGUGGUUUUUUACAGUUUGACUUAAGGCUUGAAGGAAUUUCUAUUUCUAUAUAUAUAUUUUAUUUCAUGUUGAUUUGGGGCCUUUUUACAAUUAUUUUUAAAAUGAAAUGACUGAGAAAUAUAAUAAUGUGUCUUUUAUGGUCUAGUGUACAAGUGAAGGGGAAAAAAAAAAGCUGUUUUUAUUCACAGGGACUCAGAUUGAGGGUAUUGGCGUCAUAGCAAACUAGAAACUUUUUUUUACAGCUACACGCCAUUUCUAUGAAUGUAUGUCAGUAUCUUGUUAUUUUUUUUAUGAUAGCCUCUGGCUAGGAACAUGUCUGCUUUCUCAAAUAUGAACAAAGCCAAGACAGCCGGAUCUGUAAUAUCCUGUAGUUUAUAGAGGAUACAACAGGCAAGGUAAUCAGAAACCUCGUGUCAGUGGGACUGACACACAAUAGGCUUUUAUCUCCAAAGAAAACACUCCUUCAGUAUACUGUUGCAUUCACAAACUUGUGCACUAUUGCUACAGUACACCAUGUUUCUGAGCUGAGUCAAAUUUUAAAUUGUGAACAUAGGCAAUGGCAUAAGGUCUAUGAAAAUAUAUUUGAGUUUCAAAACAAAAGACUGAAAGAGAGCCCUGUUUCAAUUAUUUACAUGUCUCUCAUGUGUCAUGUGUUGUUCUUACGUGUAUAUCUUUACAUGACAGAAUAAUGCACAAUUGCACCACAACUGCGAAGUCUUUUUUUACACUUAUACUUAACUUAUGGUAUAACAUCUCUGGUACCUCUUUACCAGACUGAAAAUGUUUAAGUGAACCAUUGUCUGUAUUCAAAACCAGCUUUUUAAAAUGUCUUUUAAACCAUUGUAACACAUCAACUGAACAAAAACAGGGCACUUAUUUAAAAGAGCAUUAAAGAUGGUGUACAAUUCAA